AUGGAUGUGAUGUGCCGCGGGCUGGUGGUGGGCUGCUGGCUGAUGGUCGCCCUGGCGCAGCAGCGACUCGCCGCCGCUGUGACGCCCGCCCCGCACCAGCCCUCUCCUGCUCCGGGCGUGACGUGCUACACGUGCGUGAACGUGUCGGACAACCUGAUCUGCAACCAGUACGCCAUCGACCGGCCCUGUCCGCACGGGGACGAAUUCUGCCACACACUUCACGUAAUGGAUUCACAUGGAGAGAGUGUUGUCGUCAACAAGAAGUGCGCCAACGGAACCGAGUGCACGCCCCAGAGGGUCGGCUGUGUCGUGAUCGACGCGCAGAGGGUGUGCGUCUCCUGCUGUGACGAAAUGUACUGCAACGAGGCUGUUCCAACUAACCAUAGCACGGCUGUGUUCUCCAACACAAGAACCCGCUCAGCGGAGAAAGCUGUUGAGAAGAAUGUCAGCAACAGAUGCAGCGUGUGUGGGCUUCCCUUCUGUGACUUCAUCAUGGUAGCGCUGAUGCUGUAUCACAGUCUGUAAUACACAAAAUGGAACUUUAAAAAUUGGUGUUGAACCGCUAACUAUAUCAUGAAUACUGAAACGAAAUUUUGUUUCAAAGGAUUAUAUAAUUAUAAGACAAAAAUUAAAAAUUAACGUAAUUUGUGACCUCACUUACCAAAGGGAAGAUGUGACGUUUCAGUGUCAGCAGUUAACGGAAGACAGUAUUUCCUUUUAUAUCACAAAGUAUAAAAAUGAUAACUAUUGUCAGAACUGUCAUUCCAGAAUAAUUCGAAACAGAUGUUAUUAGACACUUCAUAAUUUUACCCCUUUUCUUCCGAACAUCGAGUCCGGUUAUAGCCUCCAUCACAUUAUUACAUUGACGUGCUGGGGAAAAAAGGCACCUUCGUGGAAUGACAAGAAUUGUAACACUUUA